CUAAUCUCAGGAAUCACCAGCCCCCCCCUCCUCGACUCCAUCAAGACAAUCCAAGGCCACGGUUUGCUGGGGGCGCCCAAAGCUGAACGGGGCCGCAAGAAGAUCAAAGCGGAAAAUCCCUCGGGACCCCCAGUCCUGGUGGUGCCCUACCCCAUCCUGGCCUCGGGGGAGACGGCCAAAGAGGGCAAGACCUACAGGUGUAAGGUCUGCCCCUUGACGUUCUUCACCAAGUCGGAGAUGCAGAUCCACUCCAAGUCGCACACAGAGGCCAAGCCCCACAAGUGCCCCCAUUGCUCCAAAUCCUUCGCCAAUGCCUCCUACCUGGCCCAACACCUGCGCAUCCACCUGGGCGUCAAACCCUACCACUGCUCCUACUGCGAGAAGUCCUUCCGCCAGCUGUCCCACCUCCAGCAGCACACCAGAAUCCACACUGGUGACAGACCCUACAAGUGCCCGCACCCCGGCUGCGAAAAGGCCUUCACCCAACUCUCCAACCUCCAGUCUCACCAGCGCCAGCACAACAAGGACAAACCCUACAAGUGCCCCAACUGCUACCGGGCGUACACGGACUCGGCGUCGCUGCAGAUCCACCUCUCGGCGCACGCCAUCAAGCACGCCAAGGCCUACUGCGUGUUGACCCCGCCUGUGGUUCUCCUGCAGGAGACCUAUCUGAUGAAGCACAUGUCCAAACACACGGUGGUGGAGCACCUUGUCAGCCAGCACUCGCCGCAGAGGACGGAGUCGCCCGGCAUCCCCGUACGGAUCUCCCUCAUCUAA